AUGGGGGAUCGAGUUGGGAUUGGCAACGCCGGUCACACUGGGGAUUGGACGGAUGUGCGGAGGAAAUUCCCUAAAGCAGAAUGCAGAGUAUUCAUCGGGAACCUUCCAUUCUUGGCGUCAAUGGAGGGCAUUAGAGCUCGAUUUGGUCAGUUCGGUGCCCUAACUAAUGUCUUCAUUCCGGCAUUUCCAGCAUCUGGCAGAAGCAAGGGAUUUGCUUUCACAAAUUUUAAAAGGCGGGAGGAUGUAAAGACUGCGAUCGAGCUCCUCAAUGGAAGGUUCCUAGGGCACCGGCGAAUGACAGUUAGUGCUGCUAUCAACCGUCCUGCUAACAGGCCCACUGCAGCUGUUAGAGGAAGUAGGAUAGUGCCUGAGGCAACACAAGGUGGUCAAGUUAUUGCUACCCCUAAUGCGUAUGGGACCGCUCUCCCACCUCACUGCUCAGAUGCUGCCUUCCAGCUCCCUCAUCUCAGCCCGGACCCAGUUUCUUAUUGCUGUAGCCAGCAACAGGUGGAAUUGCAGAACCUGCCCAAUCAGGCUUCCUCUUUCUGCCAUCUCCUAUCCCAAACCUCCCUUGCCUGCCAUCAGAACGUGGCCACUCAUGCUAUCACUCCCUGCCAUCAGCCUUCCCAACCCUCCCCUGUCAACCCCUCUCAACUAGCUGACCCAAUGCCUUCGUCUUUCGAGUAG